AUGGCGUCCAGAAAGACUGUCCUCAUCACGGGCUGCAGCGACGACGGCAUCGGCUCCGGCCUAGCCCUAACCUUCCAGCAGCAAGACUACCACGUCUUCGCAACCGCUCGCAAUGUCGAGAAGAUAUCGAAGCUCCGCGAUCUCCCUAACGUGACUCUGCUCGCUCUGGACGUUUGCAAUAAGGACCAUAUAGCUGCUGCCGUUGAAGCUGUCUCUCAACAUCUGGAUACCGGCGGCAAACUCAACUACCUCACGCUCUACGAUACUAAUGUCUGGGGCCCUCUCGCCCUGACGCAGGCCUUUGCCCCGCGCCUCAUCCAGGCCCACGGCACCGUCGCCUUCAUCACGUCUAUAGCAGGACACCUCAACGUCCCCUACAUGGGCACCUACUCCGCCUCCAAGCGGUCCCUCGAAAUCAUAGCCGAGACUCUCCGUCUCGAGCUCGCCCCCUUCCACGUGCGCGUGCUGUCCGUCGUCACCGGCGCUGUCAAAACAAUGGGACAGACGUAUUUCGAAGACUUUCGGCUUCCGCAGGACUCGCUUUACAGGCCCGUUGAAGCGACGAUUGCAGCCCGUGCCCAGGGCGGCGAUGGGAACCGGCGUGAAGAACUGGGAGCGUAUAGCGAGAAGGUUGUGCAUGAGAUUAUCAACGGCACCGCGUCGAGGUUUUGGUGCGGAGCUGGCGCGGGCUCGAUGCGCUUUGGGACGGCUUUGCUGCCUGGGUCGCUUCUUGAUAAUGCUGUGUCGCAGGGCACGGGGGUUGAUGUUCUGGCUGGCCAGAACAAGCUUUGA